CUUGAGAGGGAAGGAACAACGCACGUGUAUUCCUUAAUCUGAAGGUUAAAUAAGCCGGUGGUCGGGUGUGUUUGUUGGCCGCUGAGAGUGGUCGUUUGGACGGUUCGAUUUUGGAGAGAGUACGGUCUGGAGCGGGCACAACGCAGACAUGGACCCAGAGAAAGCACAGCAACUGGCGGCGGAACUGGAAGUGGAAAUGAUGGCUGAUAUGUACAAUCGGAUGACCAACGCGUGCCACAGGAAGUGCGUGCCCCCCCACUACAAGGAGGCGGAGCUGUCUAAAGGGGAGGCGGUUUGUCUGGACCGCUGUGUGGCCAAGUACCUGGAUCUACACGAGAGGCUGGGCCGUAAGCUCACCGAGCUCUCCGUUCAGGACGAGGAGAUGAUGAGGAAGAACGCUAUUGGACAAUAAUAUAUAUAUAUUUUUAGGGAGGGAUGGGGGUGGGUUAGUGCUAGGGUUACCGUGCUUUCUGUGCAAGGGGGGGUAGAGAGGGAGAGCGAUAGGGUGGGAUGGAGUGAUGGGGUGGGUUUAAAAAAACAUGGCAAUUAUGGAGGGGAUGGAGUUGCUGUCCAGAGUGGGUAGGGUGGGUUUGAAGAGCAAGGUGCUUGUAAGGAAGGUUUGUUUGUGAUUACGUUGUGGAGCGGACAUUGGGAUGGAUGAAGCCUGUUUUGUGUGAACAGUGGUUGUACUUGUGGUUUGAGCCAAGAUCAUUUCUUUUUUUUACCACAGCAAAGACACUAAUAUGCAUUAUUACCUAUUUUAUGUUCAGCCAAUCAGUACUCUUUCUGCAUCGUGUGUAACUAGGGAAACUGGUUGCUGCUUGGCCCUUUUUAGUUAUGUGGGCGUGUCAAAAGUGAUGAUGAAUUGAGAAAUCCCCCAAUAAUGUUUAAUAAAACGCUUUCAGUGUUCCAUAGUGCAGUAUUCUUCAAGCCAUUCCUUAGGGGGACACUGGGAGGUGCUCCUUUUUGCUCUAGCCCUGGACUAAUACACCUGGACUAAUACACCUGUCUCAACUGCUGAAGGGCACCCGUUGGGCUCAUAUUCCUAGUGUCUCAGAGUAGGAGUGCUGAUCUAGGCUUUAUGAGUACGGGCCCUUGUCCUGGAGGAAUAGAUGGAGACACUGCUGUAGUCAAUACCAGGACCAUGCCUAUAUGAGUCAUUUCUUUACAUUUUGAUCCACCUCAGUUUGUUCAUUUGCUUUGUAUUUUCUUCAUGUUGAAACUGUACAAAUGUUGUACAAAGUUUUCUUUUGUGACAUUUUAGAAACCUUUUUUUGUUUGUCGUUUUAAAUCUGAAUAAAUAUUGUUAUAGUAUAUUUUUUA